CCUUGCAUAAUUUAUUGACGCAUGCGCCACACAUUGCAAUCAGCUGUCAGAAAGAACAUAAUCACGUAAAAAACAAAAUUAUUUGUGUCUUUAGAUAAUUCCCGUCAAUAUGGCGGGGCAAAAUCCAGGUUCGCCGACUGACUUUCAAUAUUUUUACGAGGAUGAAGUGUAUAAAAUCAACAAUCGCGGUCAAGUGGUCUUCGGUCUGGUACUCGAGAACUAUGAAGCCAACUCCAGCGAUCAAGAGAGCGACAUUGAAACUCCUAUACAAAAAGGCGAAAUUCGCGUUGUCUGGCAUCCUUCCGGCACCGAGCGAGUCAUAUCCGAGAAGUCGGUUGGUUUAGCAGACCGUUCCCUGAUGCCUGGCGACGUGGUUCGCCGUCUCAUCGCUGGCAAGGACACACAGAGAGGCUACUGCAGGGACAUCAUCAUGAACGCAGCCCUGCAGAUAGUGGGCACCAAGCAUGUGAUACCCAGCGUCGCCAGCGAGAGACUCCAGCCUUUGGAGGAGUUUACUCCGGAUUUAGCUGUCUGUCUUGAUUCGUGGGUUGGAACUUCUAAGGCGGUCCAUAGCAAACUCCGGCUCGUGUCAGCGGAGGGCUCCAGGCUAGAGUACCCUGACCUGGACACGUGUCCCCUGGAGGACUACUCGAUGCGCCGCCGCCGCUCCACUCCCUACUCCUCGUCCGAGUUCUACCCUGGACAGGUGGUGUACGGCCCGCUGGGCUCGCUCGACUCCGCCAACUGGCUCCACAUCACCAAGGAAAUGAAAGCCGCCAGGAAACAUAAGAUGCAUGAUCAUAAGUUCACCGUGGAGGCGGUGAUGACGGAGAGCGUGAGCGUGCACUGGCAGUGUCGCGCGCUGUGCACCAACCCUACCGACCCCACCACGCCGCAGCAACCCAAGUUCCUAGUUGAAGGUGAAGAUCUAAAGAACCUAAAGCUGCUGAAUGUAUUCGAGCCGUGCACACUGCAGGUCGGUGACAGAAACUUCCUCACCAUCGGCCCUGAAGACACCUUUGUUAGUAAGAAGCAAUGGAGGAAACAACAAAGUAAAUACUACAGGAAUCUCCGUAAGCAAACCAAACCGAUAAAGAAGCCUUCGAAAACCGACACCAACUCGACUGAUCACGUGCCGUCCCGCCCUAAGAAACGAGCCUCGGCACAUCGGAAACUUAAGUCUAACGAUAACGACAUGGAAGUAGACCCAGCAGAAGACAAGCUGGAAUCUCUCGACGAUGCUCUGAAGAUGGACGCCACCUGCCCCAGCAUCAAGAUCGAGCCUAUAGGAGACGUCUGUCUGCCCAUGGCCAGCUCGCAGGAAGACACGGCUACUGAGGAGAAGAACGAUUCGGGAAUCAGAUGGCACGUCCGCAGUCCUGAGCCCGCGCGGGACGACUCCUCGCUGCUCAACGGAGACAGCAAGUCUGAUAACGCGCUCAACGACGACGACUCCGACAACUGGGAGAAUACUAGCAGCGAUGGCAGCGAUACUGACAGUGAGCUUGUGUACGCCAGUGGCGCGACGUGGUCGUCCCGCUGUUCGUCGGCUGCGUCGGGGCGCGGCAAGCGGUCCCCGCAGCUGGCCGUGCGCCUGCUGCGCGGCAAGCGCCUCAAGCGCACCGUGCGCCGCGCGCCCCCCGCGCCCCCGCCGCGCCCCGGGGACCGCGUCGUCGUCGAGACUCUACACACCACCAGCCGCGCCAAUGUCGUCUGGCAGGACGGCACAAUAGAAAUGGGCAUUCCAUCCACACAACUGUAUCCGAUCCACCACUUAGACGGGCAGGAGUGCUUCCCUGGCGACUUUGUAGUCAGCGGAGCAGCUAAUGUCGAGGAGAACCAACAACUGAAACACCGUGAGUACGGCGUGGUACAGCGCGUGGACCACCACGGCCGGACCGCCAUCGUCCACUGGUACCGGACCUACACCAGCGCUGACGAACCAGUUCCACAAAUGUUACACGAGAGCGAGGUGAGCGUGUACGACCUGAAGGACCACCCGGACUUCCAGUACCGGCCCGGCACUGUCGUCAUCCGGGUCGCUAACUUCACGGGGGAGGACGCUAACUGCACUGCUGGACAGGUGAUAGACAACUUCCCGUCGGGGCGCGUCAAGGUAUGGUGGGUGGAUGGACACACUAGUAUGUGCUGGCCACAGGAUCUGUAUAAGGUUGGAGAGUAUGACAGCGAAGAAGGUGAGCUAUGGGGCUCGGAGGGGUCCGGGUCGGAGGACUCGUGGGAGACACAGAGCUCCGCGCACGACGCCGACCCUCGCACGCCCGACGCACUGCCCGCCACGCCGCCGGACGUCGCGCCCGCGCCAGGUACGGCCCUGUCCCUGCCGACGUCCGUGACCGUGCCGCCGCUGUUAAAGCCGUCGGUGACGACGCUCAUGCAGCGGCUAUUCGGCAGCGUCUGCAACCUGCAGGACAGGUUCCACAAAGAGCCCGCGCUAGAGACGUACGAGAUAAUGCGCAAGUUGUUAAACUUGUACAAAGAUUGCCGAUUUUUAGACCGUCUAAUGGGUACAUCCUUCUUUCAUGAAGACCACUUUUUGGGUCUUCUAGAGCGCGUACGAGAGCGUGGCGCAGUGACUCCUCGCGCAGGAGAGAGACGUGUCCACGAACAGCUGGCGCGGCUCUUUGCGCCCACAGAGCCGGCGGAGGUGUCGGGCGGGUCGGGCGCGCCCCCCGCGCCCCCCGCGCCCCCGUCCCCGCCGCCAGACCCCAUGCUGGUGGACGACGAGCUGGAGCGCUCGCUGCAGGCGCUGCAAGCACUGCAACCUGAAGGCACGCGCGCCAUCAUCACGUCUAACGUCACUGUGGAACCGAUGCAGAUCGAGUGUAGUGUAUCAAAGAAGCAGCUACAUCUGAACAUAGACAUUGCACAGGCGACCUCAUCGGACACGGCAUCGUGUACACAAGAAUUAGCUCAUAGUGAAAAUCCCUCCACGGAGACGGCGGAAGGCGACCCGAGUCUCGGCAAGAACGUCUGCUACAAGCUCUGCUCUCUCAUCCACGCACAGCUCAUCAAGGCACACGCUGAAGUCAGUCGGAGAAGGCCGCAAGAGUUGGCCGAUUUCCUUAACAGCUUAGUGAAAAUCGCAUACAACUCUGAGGAGAACUUAGCCUACCACUUUUCAGUUCAGUACGGUGCACUGGUGGUGAGCAUCACGGAAGAAGACAAGGGUGACUCCAAGGUGGCCGAGGUCAAGGAUGCUACCACCGCGACUGCGCAGAAAAGUGAAGGUCCGGCUGCUUCAGAAACAGCGCCCCUAGCGACGGCUGAAGGCACAGAAGAAGCGGAGAUGGACACAGCCAUCCCCCCCGUGUCGCUAGAGAACAAGGAAGGCGGCGAGGGUUUCUGCAUACUGGAGUCUGCACCGGCCGCCCACCGCUUCCGACUCUCCAUGCUGCAGCCCUCUGAGCCUAGGACCUUCUACUCCGCUGUGAAACGGGAGAUCAAACUGCUCAAAAGCGAUCUGCCGCCAGGCGUGUGGGUCCGUGGCUACGAGGACCGCAUCGACCUGUUGUCGGUGAUGAUCGCGGGCCCCACCAAGACGCCGUACGAGGGCGGACUCUUCGUGUUCGACGUGCAGCUCGGCGGCGAGUACCCGCGCGCGCCGCCGCUCUGUCACUACCACUCCUACUGCACCGACAGGCUCAACCCUAACCUUUAUGAAGAUGGCAAGGUGUGUGUAUCCCUCCUGGGUACGUGGUCGGGGCGCGGCGUGGAGGUGUGGGGCAAGGACAGCUCGCUGCUACAGGUCAUAGUGUCGCUGCAGGGACUCAUACUCAACUCCGAGCCCUACUUCAACGAGGCGGGCUAUGAGAAACAGAAAGGUACUCAGCAGGGCAAAGAGAACUCUCGCAUGUACAACGAGAUGGUGCUGCUGAAGCUGGUGCAGUCGAUGACGAAGAUGUUGAUGAACCCGCCCGAGCCGUUCCGCGCCGAGAUCCUGACGCACAUGCGCAGCGCGGCCGGCCCGCUGUGCACGCGCCUGGAGGGGCUCGUGCGCCUGUCGGGCGGCGCGGCCGACGGCGGCGCGGCGGCGGCGGCGGCGAGCGAGGCGGGCGGCGCGGGCGGCGCGGCGCCCGAGUUCCCGCUGGUGCCGGCGUCGCGCGGGUUCUGCCUGACGCUGCGCUCGUCGCUGGAGAGCUUCCGCGUGGCGCUGCGGCGGCACGAGAUCAGCGUGCCGCCGCCGUCGUUAUAGCCUCGCGGCCGCGCGCGCGGCGCCGGCCCCGGCCCGGAGUCGAGUGCCACGCUAUGCAUGCGGUAGUCGGGCCAGUCCUUCAUAUUGCCUGAUGAUAUGAAUCCGACCGGUCCCUAUAAAAUUAAUGAUAAUCAAAUUCUAAAUGAAAUGUUCGAUCUUAUGCGAAUGGUAUGAUUCUUAGAUAGAUGCAUAGAUUAAUAUUAUUUAUUUGUUACAAAGUAAUGUCUACUUUUAAUUCAACAUUCGACGUUAUAAUGUUUAGAUUAUGAGUACUUAUUGAAAUUGCAUACUUUUUACGAAGCGAAGCUUAUUGCUGUCAUUCGAAUAUUUGCUACACUAAUAUUAAUAUAAUAUUUUACAAUAAAGACAGAUAACUUAGAUGUAACGUGUAGAACGUUUCGUUCCUGAUUCCAAUAUUGUUUAAUAUUACGGAGCUCCUACGUAUCAGGCUAGGGUGUGCGAGUAUUGCGAGUAUCUCAUCGAUGUCUAUUUUAUGUAUGUGUAAUGUUGUAUGUAAAAAUGCAUUCACUCAUUUUUAUGUAAUUAUAGUUUUGUUUUUAUUUUAUUUUUGUUUUAUAUUGCGGGAAAUAUGAUUUGUAUGGUAAAUGAUGUAGUGUAGUCGUGGUGUUUCGGCGCAGUCCCGGCAGACAGUACAUACUUAGCAUAGUCGCCAGUAGCAGCGAGCUCGACGCGUCUCUUUAGAUGUUCACUAUGUUGUUGUUUUCUCAUGUUACCAGUGUAUCAACAUAUUGCAUCGUACACUAUUAGCGUUAGUGCAUGUACAUGUUUGGAAUUUCAUUUCCUCACCAAAUACGAGCGUCACAAAGUAAUGUCUUACUUACCGUGAUAACCACGUUAUUAGUAUUAAUUUUACAUUUCCCGAAAAUUAAUAUUAACAAUAUUAAAAAUUGAAAGUGCUAUCCAGUGAUUCGCGCUUGUUAGUGAGAUAUUUUGGAAAAUAGUUUUAAUUUUCUAUUCAAUCUUGUUUUAGAAAGAAAAUUCUUCCUCGUUAGUGCUUAUAGUAUUAAACCAUACGGCCCACGCCGCGCCGGCGGCAGCACAAAUACAAUGUAACUUCAUGCCAAAGUCAAUUGAGCUAUGGAAGGCUUUUGUCGCUUGUGUACGCGAGAUAAGUGACAACUAUGUAUAAUGAUGAAAAAUAAAUAAUUCUUCAACAUUA